CAAAGAGUCAAGACAGAGAGAACAGCGGAGCAGAGCUAGCCCAGAGUCGACAAGCAUGUGCAAGGUCAUCAACACGGUCCAGUCUCUCGCCUCGCUGCGCCGCGCCGUGCGACGGUGGUGCGGCCGAGCGGCGGCCUCGGUGCGGCCCGUAAAGGACAUGCUGGACGCCGCCGUGCCGGCGGGGCACGUGGCCGUGCGCGUUCGGGGCCGCGGCGACGGGGAGUCGUCGUCGAGGCGGCUCGUGGUGCCGGUGGCGCAGCUGAGCCACCCGGCGUUCCGGGAGCUGCUGCGCCAGGCGGAGGAGGAGUACGGCUUCCCGUCGGCCUCCGGGCCCCUCGCGCUCCCCUGCGACGAAGACCACCUCCGCGACGUCCUCCGCCGCGUCUCGUCGUCUGACUCCGAGGAGCGCCGCUCAUUCCCUCGACGCCGCGGCGUCAUGGCGGCGCCGCACGAUGACUCGCGGCCGCUGCUGCAGGGGGUGGCCGCCGAGAAGCUCGUCUCGUGAUCGAUCGGUCGUUUGUUCGUGCGCCCAGACUCUGUACAUUGCAGGAGCGGGAUAGCCGUGUCCAUUUGGCCCUUUACCUGCAGGCCAGUAGCACUGCGCGCGCUCCCAUGCCGCGGCGCCGUGCCAUCCAUGGCGACGACGAGUGCGCGCGCUGAAACCGGGCAAGACUUUGCAGACUCGUGACAGGACAGUUAAACUGAUAGAUCACCUCGAUGAUGUACUAUCCUGCACUAUCACUCCAUUAGUCGAGCUGGCAUUACAAAAUGUACAUAUCUUCUCCUCCUAGAAAAUAAACGUGUAUAUAUUUGCAU